GGUCUGUCGAUUUCAACUUUCAAGUGGGGAUAGAAACCAUAAUAUAAAAUAUAAUACAAAAAAAAAAACCAGACAUAAACGCACACACACGACCAUCCGAGACAAACAACGCGGAAACCGUCGAAUAUAACCGUCAGCGUGCACGUUCUCAAGUGAAUACGAAAACCUAUUGUCUUACAAGAAUCAAACAUGUCUGCCGUCACGAGUGUGGAAGAUGAGUACGACGAGUACAACUACGACCAAGACAAAUUGGUCAACAGCGGACACAGCGGUAAGAAUAGGAGCAAGAAAGAGGCCAGUGAACACACCAAUCAUUUCGAUCCGAGCGGGCAUUCGAGAAAACUCUCGACUAAAUUGCAAAACACUGAAUCCAACAAGAAGGAAGAGAAUUUGAAGCCUCAUCCGUCGACCAGAAAGUGAUCAAAUCCAAGCGCGCUUCCCCCCAAAUCCCAAUGUCUUGCUACGGUUUUACUUAUAUUUUUUUUCUUUUUUUUCCAACAUACUAAUUGAUUGCUCAUCGGAAGCCAUCGUUUAUAAUUGAUAUUAAUUUUAAAAACUAAUGUUCAGAAACGUAUAGUCUACAUUCUUUAAUCGUAGAUUAUCUUUUCUCUCUUAAUAUAUAUAUAUUUUUUUCCUUUUUUUUUAAGAUAUAAUAUUAUCUAUGGAUGUUAUAUUUUUCAAAGGUGUAUAAGUAUUUGUAUAUAACAUCAAUGCAUUUCAAUACAUAUAAGUUGAUUGACA